CAAUCACUUACAUUGUACCUCCCACUCACUCUGAGGACGAUGAACCAUUCAGUGCCACUAUUAGUGACCUUAAAGGAGGCACAUCUUAUGAUGUAAAAAUGCAAGCACACACAGCAGUUGGAGGAGGGCCAAACAGCACUGUAGUGAGACUAGAAACUAUGAGAGCAUUUCCAUUGGUUCUUGUUCUCUCCAUCACAAUACCUGUCGUUGUCAUAGCACUUGUUGCCCUUGGGGUUCUACUUAUUUUCUUACUUCGGAAGUGUUAUAUAAAAAUAAAGAAAGCAAGGCUUUACUCUCCAAAGAAAGGAGAAGCUGCUUACGGCAAGAAGAAGAAAAAGGGUGGAAAGAAAUCUAAAGCAGAUGUUAGUAAUCCAGUGCCUGAUAUUCCUCCUAAAGUUGAUGGUUCCUCAAAAGGAAAGUUUAGCUUAAGACGAGCUGAUGGCUCCACUGUGCCCUCCAAUCCAAGAGUCAUACAGCCAGGAGAUGUUGCAAAGAAGAAAAAAUCUGGAGCGAAAGUUGUCUCUGUCAAGAACAAAAGGGAAUCAGUUCUAUCUAGCGAGUUUGAUCCAUAUGAUGAUCCAGAUGAAGUAACACAGACCAGACGUCCUAAGAAACCCAAGCAAGGCCGGGAAGGGUUUGCACCGAGAGACAGCCAGUCAGAAAUAUACGAGAGACCAGCUGACCCCAAACCAAAGAAGAAGAAAGAGUCGGUAGCCAGUUCUAUAUAUGAUGAUAAUAUUGUUGAGGAAGAUGAGGAGUCACUAGUUGAAAUGCCAAUUGUCAUUAAGCCAAAGCAUGGGAAGGAAGGAGAAGAAGAGAGUGACGACGAAGAGAUAAAGCCUGUUGUAAUAAAACCAAAGCAUGGAAAACAAGCAAAACAAGAAGAGGAGGAAAGUGAUGAAGAGCUGAAGCCUGUUGUGAUAAAGCCAAAGCAUGGUAAAGGAGCAGCACAAGAUGAUGAGGAGAGCGACGAAGAGCUGAAGCCUGUUGUAAUAAAACCAAAGCACGGGAAGCAAGCAGCACAAGAGGAAGAAGAAAGUGAUGAAGAAAUUAAACCUGUGGUUAUCAAACCAAAGCAUCCAGCCCAGAAGAGAAAACAGCAACAAGAUGAUGAUGAUGAUGAUGAUGAUGACGAUUUACCAGUUGAAAAGCCUGUUACCAUCCAGCCUAAACAUGCAAAGAGAAGUCAGCAGGAGGCACCAGUGAAAAGACGUAAACAAUUAGAGGUGGUUGAAGAGUCAGAUGAGGAGGAGGAAUCUGAAGAAGAAGAAGAAGAGGAAGAAGAAGAGACUGAGGAUGAUCAAAAGCAGAUCUAUUCUCGUGUCCCACCUGCUCACAUUCAAAAGAAACGCACGAAAAUGCUCAAAGAGAAAAUGAAAGCAGACGAGAAGAGAAGAAAAGAAAAAGAGAAAAUAAUGGCAAAGAUGAGAAAAGAGAAAGAGAAGGCAAUGAAGAAGGCCGCGAAACAGAAGAAGAAACAAAUGGGGACUCAGCUUAAGAGACAGUCCCAGAGUCAGUUGAGGAGACAGUCGCUUGGUUUGGAUAACAUUGUCCCAAUGAGAGACAUGAACACAAGACAACCCAUGGGAAGACAACCCAUGGGAAGACAACUGAGAUACUCAAUGGAUUCCUCCAGUGCCGGCAUGUUUUAA